GUUGUGCAUUUAACAUGGUAUCUCAAAAUAUUUGUCAGAUGAAUUUUACCUUGCAAGUUUUUGAAUUUUCAAAUGUUGCUAGGUGAUACUCACCCCGCAAGUCACCUAACAUACUGUUACUCCUGCUCUGAAUCAACUGUGCCACCUGCUUUGAAUCAACUGUGUCACAUGGAACAAAGUUGUCUGUAACUCUUGAAAAGUGUGUUUGCCAGGUGCUUUAAACUUGGCAAAGUUGCGGGGUGAAAACCACUUGGCAAAGAUGCGGGGUGCGAAUCCCUUUGCAAAAAGUUGCAACUAAUGUUUUUGUAAGGUGAACGUAUCACCUCGCAAUUGUUGCAUUGCAGGGUUAUAUUUGCAUUUGCGUGGUGGUUUUCACCUGAAAAACUUGAGUUUUUUUUUGUAGUGGAAGAGCUUUGAUGAAUUGGCAUGGUUUAAUGUGUUAUUUGAAUAUGAGUGGUCCUUGAGUGAGUUGUCUAGUGUUAUGAAUGCAACUUUGGUUAAUGUAAUGUUUGAAUUAGGAACUAGUUCAUGUUAUAGCAGCAUUAGGUAAAUGGAUGGUUUAUUUGAACUAUGGAUGGUGGAUUGAUUAUAUAUGCAAACUUGUAGCAUGACAUGUUUGUACUGAUUAUUAUCUUGUGUUGUACAGGAAUAUUAUGUGAAUCGUUUGAUACAAGCCACACAAAAUGAAAAUAAUGUGGAUGGAUCAGAAAAGCUACAAUUAUGGAAAGACGUUGCCGGCAAUAAGUCACGAGGCCGGUGUUACAGAACUUCCCGAUUGACGGUUAACGUACAAUAUGGAGUGUCUUACUUGACAUAAGUGACCGUUUCAAACCUGAAUAGAGAAGCGGAUAGCCAAACCAUUGAGACGGUUAAAGCCGAGGCUUCUAAAGCAAAUGAAGAGGUUGCAUUAGCUAAUGCUCGUGCAGAUAAAGUUAUAGUUGAGACAACAGAUUUGAAAAGACAAUUUGAAGAACUUAUGUACAAGCAACCCAAAGGGUCCUACAAAAGGCUACCACAAAAACCAUGUAUUUCAUAAGUAUGCUCCUAUAGUAUAGCAAAAUUUUUUUAUCUUAUUUGACCUUGUAAUGUAUAGGAAUCUUAAUUUCUAAUAUUAGCUUAGCAUUUAUAUAUCUAUCAUAUAAUAAUAUUUUAUAUUUUAGAAAUUAUUUCAACACUCUUUUGGCUUCCUAAGCUUACACGUGAACAUUUUAUCUUUGAUUUUUAAUUUACUAAAUAGAAAACCAAAAAUACAAAAAAUCCUUGGGAUUUAUUGUUUUACAAGUUACUAAAUCUUAUUGGUUGGAAAAAUCUGUCUUCAAAUUGUACUUGACAAUAGUGCGUCUAAGAUAAUCUUGGUGUUAGCAAUUUAAAGUUUCUCAUGUAUUAGGAGAAAAAUGUUACACACCAGCAUCUACAUUUCAUUUAUAUGAUAGCAAAUCACAAAUUUGGUUUUAUUUUAGAGUACCACUUCUUUACUUUUAGUGGUGUUCUUGCACUCUUGGUUUUAUUUUUUGAUAAUUGCUGAGGCACAAUAAAUAUGGCUGCUAGCUAAGUAUGUGGUUGAGCUCUUGGUUGAUGUAGUUGAUGUCCAACUGUGGUAGUGGCUGUCCAAGUGUGAUAGAUGCUGUCCAACAAUAAAUAUGAACUUCCUAAAGAACUUUACACAUAAUUGGAUCAUAGCUUUCAUGUUUGAACACUACUUAAAAAAAACUGCUGAUUAGUUAGGAAAAGUGUGUAUGGCACGCACUAGAUAAUGAGCUGGUUGAGAUUAAUUUUAGGAAAAGAGCAUCAGCACGACUUUCAGACAUGCUUAGGCGUGCUAGGCUUGGAUAUGAAGAAAGAGGGAUCAGAUCUCCAUGGAUGGAAGAAAAUGUAUUUAAAGAAAUGCUUGUUUAUUUGAAAUCAGAUCAAUUUAAGACAAAAUUUGAAAAAGCAAAGCAGCGUAGAGCAUUAGAAAGGGGAGCCGCUAAUCAUAGAGCCGGAAGCAUUAGUAUUGCUGACCGGAUGGCUGUGGCUAAGAGAAGAACUCCAUUAAUACAAGAGUUUCACGAGAGGAUUUAUAUGGGAAGAGAUGGAGAGUAUUGCGACGACAGUGUUAGAGAUACUCAAGCGGAGUACCCAAGAAUGGUGAAGAAAACAAAAAUAACAUGGACAUCUCAGAUCCCGAGUAAAUAUUAUUUUGAAUUUAAAUAUUUUGGAUUUAUUAUGAAUUUCUUUGUAGAAGCGGAUAGCCAAACCAUUGAGACGGCUAAAUUCGAGGCUUCUAAAGCACGUGAAGAGGCUGCAUUAGCUAAUGCUCGUGCAGAUAAAGCUAUAGUUGAGACAACAGAUUAUGUGAAUCUUUUGAUACAUUCCGCACAAAAUGAUAAUAAUGUGGAUGGGUCAGAAAAGCUACAAUUAUGGAAAGAAGUUGUCGGCGUGAUCGUUUCAAACCCGAAUAGAGAAGCAAAUAGCCAAACCAUUGAGACGGCUAAAGCCGAGGCUUCUAAAACACAUGAAGAGGCUGCAUUAGCUAAUGCUCGUGUAGAUAAAGCUAUAGUUGAGACAGUCUUCAUUUACUUGUAUCAAUUCUCAUAA